CUAGCUCGGCGCAUUUCCGCGAAGGCAGCUCUUCCUUGAGGGCAGAGCGCGCUGGUCAUGGCCUCGAGGCGCCGAAAGACGGAGCGGACGGCUCCGGAGGCCCGAGGCGCCUCUCUCGGGGGUCCGGAGCUGGUUCCCAAGGCCGCCCCGGUCCAGCCCGGCGAGUUUCGGUUCGCAGGCGCUCCCACCCCGGCUCGCCCUGGACUGCGCGGUCCGCCUGCGGGGUCAACACCGGCGCGGAGGAGGCCAGCCCGGAGCCUCCGGGAGAAAGAAGAGAAGGGGGAGAAGGAGGAGAAAGAGCAUCCCCGGGGUCCCCGGGAGGAGGAGGACCCCCGGCAGGAGGAAGAGCACCUCCGGGACCCCCGAGAGGAGGAGGACGACCGCCAGGAGGAGCGCGCAGCCCCCAAGCCCGCAGCCCGCCGCUCCCGGGCGUGCUCCCGCGCGACCCUUGUCCGGUCCCUGGAGCUCGGCGCGAGUCUUGGCGAGAGCGAGGCGACCCCCGACGACCGUCAGCUCCGCGCAGUGCUGGACCGGCUGCGCCUGAAGUUCGAGGAGCUCUCCUGGGCGUCCAAGGAGGUGAAAAAGCUGGUGAAGCGCCUGCAGCAGGCCCUGAAGGACUCCGAGUUCCACGGAGCGACGUCGCUGAACUCUGGGAGCUACUAUGAGCACGUGAAGAUUUCUGAACCAGAUGAGUUUGAUGUCAUGUUUACGCUGAACAUCCCCAGAAUUGAGCUACAGGAGUAUGCUGCCAGCGGGGCCUAUUACUCUGUGAAAUUCAAAAGAAAUCCCAAAGAAAAUCCUCUGGAUAAAUUUGUAGAAGAAGGAUUUCUAUCAGCUGCUAAGGUGUUGUCAAGGUUUAGAGAAAUCAUUAAGGCAGAGAUUAAUUCAUCGACACCAGCUGAAGAUACAGCAAUUGUCGUGCAAAAGAAGAGACCCGGGAGCCCUGCCGUAACACUUCUCAUCAAAGGACCUAAGGAAAUAUCUGUGGAUAUAACCCUUGCUCUGGAAUCAAAGAGUAGCUGGCCUCCGAAGACCAUGGAAGGCCUGCCCAUCGAAAAGUGGCUUGGAAGAAAAGUCCGGACUAAUCUAAGACAAGAGCCAUUUUACCUUAUACCCAAGCAGGCAAAAGACGGGCGGCAUUUCCGAGAAGAGACAUGGCGGCUGUCUUUCUCCCACAUUGAAAAGAGCCUUUUGAACGAUCACGGACAUUCUAAAACAUGCUGUGAAGCUGAUGGAGUGAGAUGUUGCAGGAAGGACUGCUUAAAAUUAAUGAAAUACCUUUUGGAACAGCUGAAGAAAAAGUUUGAAAAACGAAAGGAAAUGUCUAAAUUCUGUUCUUACCACGUGAAAACUGCCUUCUUUCACUUUUGUGCUGAGCACUCCGAUGACAGUCUCUGGAAUCGCAAAAAGAUAAAUGUCUGCUUUGACACCUGUGUGGUGUUCUUUAUUGAGAGACUCAGGGAAGAAGAACUGAAGCAUUUUUUUAUUCCUGAAGUCAAUCUCUUCUCUCAAGAAUACAUUGACCAGAAAAGUAAAACAUUUCUGGCAAAGCAAAUUGAAUAUGAAAGGAACAAUAAAUUUCCAAUUUUUAAUGACUUUUGAAAUUAUACUCUAAAAAAGAAUCAAGGAUAAGAAUGACUAUAGUACCAAAACCAGAGAAGGACCCAACUAAGAGAAUUACAGGCCAAUCUCCCUCAUGAACAGAGGUGAAAAACCAAUAAGGAGGUUGAAGUGGGUAUCAUCAGAAAGUGGAGGGAUAUCCUUGCUCUUGAGUAGGAAGAACCAAUAUAGUGUAAAUGGCCACACUUCCAAAACAUUCCGGUCAAAAUUUCAACAGCGUAUCUCACAGAAUUAGAGAAGAUAAUCCUAAAAUUUAUGUAUAAGCAGAAGAGACCCUUGGUAGCAGAGGCAAAUCUGAGCCCUAAGGCAGCAGGGGGGUUCACAAUCCCUGGCUUGAAAUUAUACUGUAAAGCUACUGUGAUAAAAACAGCAUAGUACUGGGAAAAAAAAAAAAAAAAAGACUUGAAGACCAAUGGAACAGAUGCCAAAGAUUAGUACUAAACCAAACUCAAAAUGGAUCAAAGAUCUAAAUAUUAAAAGAGACAUUAAAUCUGUUAGAGGACAGAAUGGGUAAAACUGUUAAAAGACAUUGAUGUAAGCAAAGACUUCAUGAGUAAAAUCCUGAUCAGAGCAACUAUCACAGAGAACAACUAGGAUUUCAUCUUUUUUUUUUU